UUAAAGGAACUGGAACUAACUUUGAGUUCUUUUAAAAAUGAAAGCCUAGCAUAUCAAACAGACUGGCAUUCCUGUAGCUGUAACGGACACUCCAAGAAAAACUCCUGGAUGAGGACAGUAAUUAAAAGACAUAUUAACAAAUGGCCAAGAUUGGGACCGGGUCUAUUUUUAUCACAAGCAAAGACAGAACACUGAGACAUCAACAGAACACUCAGUGCCAAGGACAGAGAAAGAAAGCUGUUCAAGUGUUUGACAGCAGAGUCCACAUGAGAAGUAUGGUAAGAACAGGAGCGUAUAUAAUUCCCAGAUCAAAUGGCUCCCUUAAUUGCAACAACGAGCCAGUGUCCUCAUCACGCUUUACCAGGGAAUCAGAGCUUCAGGGGAAGCAACAGUUCCUGCCGGUGAAUAGCGGGUUUGUAGAAACAAGAGCUCCAUGAAAUUCAGCCAGCGAGUGAUCGCUAACUGCAGCUCUUUCCCCACCUGCUUUCUGUUCUGUUUUGCUCUCCUCCCACUCCGCUUUAAGACUACGCUUUGGCAGCGGAGAUAAACAGAAGUGGAUUCGAGGGAAACGCUGAGCAGAAGUUGCGUGUAAACACAGCGCCCACCAUGUGGCAAAGCCAGUAUGUGACUGCCCAGCAUUUGGCCGGCUUCCGCCAUUACAAGUACAGGGCUGUGGAUACAAAUCCUUUAUCCAUCUAUGUUAUGCAACCAUUAUGGGACAGACUUGUAAAGAUAGUGCCCUUGUGGAUUGCUCCUAAUCUUUUAAGUUUCACUGGAUUCAUGAUGAUUUUAAUUAAUUAUUUUAUAUUAUCCUUUUAUGACUGGGACUACACUACAUCAGGUUCCAGUCCUGGAUUUAUUCCGACAUGGGUUUGGAUUUUUUGUGCUUUUGCCACCUUCUGUGCUUAUGCAUUAGUGGAAGAUAUAGGGCCGAUCUCUGUGCCUGAACUAACUUUUGCAGGAUGGGAGUCUGAGGAACUGGGGCAGAUAGUGGCGACAAGAGAUUCCAUAGAUGGCAAGCAUGCUCGAAGGACUCAUUCUAGCACCCCUUUGGGAGAGUUGUUUGACCAUGGACUGGACAGCUGCACUGUCUCCAUGACUGCUCUCUCCUUUUUUUCUCUCUGCUCCCGAGAUAAUGGAAAAGUCGGCAUGUCUGUGUCUACUAUGUAUUUAUUAUUAUGUAUCGUCUUGCUAAACUUUAUUCUUUCACAUUGGGAAAAAUAUAACACCGGAGUUCUUUUUCUUCCAUGGGUAAUUGACAUAAGCCACAUGGUAAGCACCUGCACAUAUUUGCUGACUGCUGCCUUGGGGAUGGAAAUUUGGCACAGGCCUUUCAUCUUUGGUUACUAUUUUAGAGAGACUUUGACAUUCCUGAUUAUAGUCUGCUGCAUAUUUCUUUCCCUUCCACAGACGCUCUACAACAUUCACAUAGCAUAUCGAAAGAAAAAAUUGCUGAAGGAUUCUUUGUAUGAAGGACUCCUACCACUGUUGUCUCCUGUACUGCUGGUUAUACUUCUUACCACCUGGGUGGCUCUCUCUCCAUGUCAUAUAUUAGAAAAACAAACCAGACUGUUUUUCUGGAUGACUGGAGUCAUGUUCUCAAAUAUUACAUGCAGAAUGAUAAUUUGCCAGAUGACCAGCACAAGAUCUGAAGUGCUUAAUUGGCUUAUUGUUCCAUUAACUCUUGUGGUCUACACAGCAACAGCUGGAUUUCUGGGCAGCUUGGAGGAACCAAUACUUAUUGCAUUUACCUUCUUUGCCACAGCUGCUCAUGUCCACUAUGGAAUCUGCGUGUUGAAACAACUGAGUCAACAUUUCAACAUCCACAUCUUUUCCUUGAAGAUGUGAACAAGAAUAAAUGCAGUGUCCACAGUAUCAAUAAUACUAAAAGUUACACUUCUGUAGAAAUAUGGAAGCUCUUUUAAAAACAAAAAGUAGAUGUGUUCAAAGUGAAGCAACAAGUUAUCAGAAGCUCAAGCUAAAAGAGUUUAAGAUAUGAUUCUAUAGCUAACCAUCAUCCUGUUUAAUUUGUUCCUUUUUGCUCUGAUUAAUUCAGUAACUUCAUCUUAUACUCACCAACAUAGGAAUCAGUUUUCCUGAAAGAUCUCUCAAGAAUUCCUUUUCCAAAUACCUUUGUGACCAAAUAUACAUGAGUACUGGUGGCUAAGCUUGAGACGACUGCUUGAAACCUUGGCUGCUUCUGCUUUCCUCUGUUUUCCUUCUAGAGCUAUUGUCCUUUUCUCCUCCAAACUCAUGUCAAAUGGUUUCAUCGUCAUUAAAUUACUAUAGCAAAAAAGGUCAAUAUUAAAGCAAGCCAAAUCUUCUUUCUGCGUCAACAAGUUUUGCACU